AAAAAAAACAAACAGCUGACAAAACGUCAAUUUUAUCCGGUGUGGUGUUUAUUUGGUAUUUUUCUAAAAUAUGAUGUUAUGAAAUACCAAAUGCUGUGGUUAGGAAAACAUGCUGGCGUAGCCUUAAAAGGAAGACAUAGCUUCUCUAUUGCUACCAGAUCUUUUUCAUGUCUUCACAAACGUGACAAUGAACCAAAAAAGACAUCACCUUGGUUGCUCCAUACCACACAUAGACAAAUUGCAACUGAACCAACAGGUUUGGCGGGUUUUUGGCAAACUCUUUCCAACUCCACUCCAGUUGCAUAUAUGCAACAAGGACUCGUUGAAAUUCAUGAUUUCACUGGGUUACCUUGGUGGGCAACAAUUGUCUUGUCCACAUUUGUAUUUCGAACUCUUGUCACUUUGCCAUUGACGAUUUAUUCAAAUAAAAUUAUGGCAAGAAUCGAAUUGAUUACAUUGGAAAUGCCUGCUUUAGUUGCUGAACUGAAGCAGGAGGCAGCUGUAGCUAUGAAGAAAUUCAAAUGGACUGAAGCACAAACUAGACGAGUCUAUAAUCAUUCGCUCAAAAAGCAAUGGAAUCAAUUAAUUGUUCGAGAGAACUGCCAUCCCGCCAAAACAUUAAUAGUACUAUGGGGACAGAUACCUCUAUGGGUAUUCCAAUCGGUAGCUCUUCGAAAUUUAGUUUAUAUGCUGCCAAAUCCGAAUUCCUUAGAUGCCCAGUUGGUAUUCACCGAAUUAACGCUGGGAGGCUUUGGUUGGAUUCCAAAUUUAACUGAAGUUGAUAGUUCUUAUAUUCUUCCUGUGGCACUUGGAAUCAUUAAUUUAUCUAUUAUUGAAAUGCAACAAAUGGUAAAAACACGUCCUGCUGGAAAGUUUCAGGCGAUAUUUACAAAUGUUUUUCGAGUUUUAAGUGUGGCAAUGGUACCAAUCGCCUGUACAGUUCCUUCGGCACUUUGUGUUUAUUGGACAGCAUCCAGUUCUUAUGGUCUUUUGCAAAAUCUACUCUUACUUUCGCCGAAAUUUAGAAGAGCCGUUCGAAUACCACAAACACAAACUGAACUACAAAAUCCAUAUCAACAUUUGUGGAUGAGUAUCAAAGCUAGAACUGGUAAUGGACCAGCACCUGUGUUACCAAAGAUAAAUAAUAAUGAAACACAAAAGAAAUAAAAAAGGCCUAAUAGUUUAA